AUGGACUUGACGAUAGAAGAUGACAAUCUUGAAUUCUCGUUGAACCAAGCAUCCAUUGAUAAAGCAAGUGAUCACAAUUCUCAAGAGAAAGAAGUCCGAAAACUAAAAUCCCCUUAUGUUGGAAUGAUUUUUGAAACAUUAAAUGAGGCCGGACAAUAUUAUGAAGCUUAUGGUCGACAAGAAGGUUUCUGGACUCGUAUCCGAAGUUCAUCAAAGUAUAGAUCACAGUCAAACGAAGUGACAUGUAGAUUAUUUGUCUGUGCACAUGAAGGUAAACAUGUCAUGCAAACUCAAAAAGAAGAUGAUCUGACAGAGAAAGACGAGAUAUCUGAGAAUGAUGAGGCAGAAACAUGUGAUAUACAGAUUGAAAAGAAGAGGCGUAGAAGUUGUUCAACUGUUAAAUGUGGGUGUGAGGCUAAUAUGCGAGUUCUUCAUGACAAAUGGACUAACAGAUGGAAAGUUUCAGUUUUCAGUGACAUCCACAACCAUAAAAUAGUGUCACCAGCUCGAAGAAUGAUGAUGAAGUCGAAUAGACAUAUGCCUGAUGCAGCAAAAGAUUUAACAGAAGCUUUUCAGAGAGAAAACUUACGAAUUAGUAAAGUUCCUUCAAUGUUUGGUGGUGCUCCUAAUAUUGGUUUUGACAAUAGGGACUGUUAUAAUCAUUUAAGGAAUGUGAGACACAAAGAGUUGGAAUCUGGAGAUGCACAAUCAGUCCUCAAUUACUUUAGAAAAAAGCAAGCAGAAAGUCCACAAUUCUUUUAUGCUAUCCAGUGUGAUGAAGAUGGUAAAGCAACUAACUUUUUCUGGGUGGAUUCUAGAUCAAGGACGGCGUAUCAGUAUUUUGGGGAUGUAGUAACAUUUGAUACAACAUAUCGGACAAACAAGUAUGACAUGCCUUUUGCGCCUUUUAUGGGAGUUAACCAUCACUUCCAAUCUAUACAAUUUGGAUGUGCUCUUUUACAAGAUGAGACCGAGUUGACAUUUUUAUGGUUAUUUGAGACGUGGCUUGAAGCUAUGGGAGGUCGAUAUCCGUCAUCUAUUAUCACUGACCAAGAUUUGGCAAUGAAAGGAGCAAUUGCAAAGAUUUUUCCUACUACUCGUCACCGUCUUUGCAUUUGGCAUAUAAAGAAGAAGUUUGGUGAAAAGUUGUCACAUGUAUAUUAUCAAAAGUUCAACUUCAAGACUGGCAUGAAAAAGUGUAUACGGGCAACAUACAAAGCAACCGAUUUUGAAGAGCAAUGGAAAAAGUUGAUUGAGGAGCAUGAUUUGGGACAGAAUGAAUGGCUACAACAAUUCUAUGAAAUCCGUGAAUCUUGGGUUCCAAUAUAUAAUCGCAGUAUAUUUUUUGCUGGAAUGAAUACAACAGGGCGUAGUGAAGACACUAAUGCAUUUUUUGAUGACUUUGUUACUUCAACGACAAAUCUAAGAGAAUUUGUUGUCAAGUAUGAACAAGCCUUACAGAAGAUUGUUACAAGGGAAAGCAGCGAAGAUUUUAUAUCAGAGCAUAAAUAUCGUAUUGUAGAUGAUGAUGACUUCCUUUUGAAACAUGCAGCACAAGUGUAUACCAGAAAUAUAUUUGAAAAAUUCAAGAGCGAAUGGACUAGAGUCAAACGGCUUAAAGUUGAAGAAAGGGGUUCUGACAGUCAGUUUCAUAGAUACUCAGUGAUGAGGAAAAUUGAUAACUCGUAA